AUGGAGCACCUACUUCCUCAUGAGAUCAUCGAGCGAGAGCUGGAGAUGCAAGAGGCAGCGGAGAUCGAGGAGCGUCGGGAGGAGGAGUUGCGCGUGGCCGAGGUCGAGGUUGCCGAGGUCGUCUCCUCCCGCGAUGGCUACUCCAAGCCGCCCAAGUCCGACGUCCAGUGCAAGAACCGUAUCGACACCCUCAAGAAGAAGUACAAAGUCGAGAAGGCCAAGUCGGACUCCUCAUGGCCAUUCUUCGACCGCCUUGACUUCCUCCUCGCCCCAGUCCAGAAGCUCCUGGGCAAUUCUGGCGGGGCAGCAGGAAAUUUUGGCUCCUCCAAUCCCAGCAACCGGAGCACCGCACCUAUGGCCCCGCGUGUCAACUUCCCUCAGCGCACCCGCACGGCCUUUCCCUCGAUAGGUAUGAAGCGGAGGCUGCCAUCGCCGCCCCAGGCGUCAGCAUCGUCGGAGUCGUCCGACGGGUUCCCACCUGAACCACUGGCUGAGGCCGUGAACGGCAAGAGGCAACGCCUCGAGGAGUCGGCGAAUGGAGCGGACAGCAGCGACCGUGCACAGGGCCUGCGCGACCUGGCACAGGCGAUUCGACGGCUUGGGGAGACAUACGAGCGCGUGGUGUCCUCAAAAGGGGAGCAUGAGCUCCGGAUGGAGCGGAGCCGCCUGGAUGCCGCACGCGAGCUGGAGGACCAGCGUGUGCAGUUCUUCCUCAAGAUGGAGAUGGAGAUCUCAAAGGCCAACAAUGGUGCUCCACUCGCUGUCCCACUUGCUGCCGCUGCCAUGGUCGGUAAUUCAGCCUCUACAGCAGAAGAUGGUGACUCGCCAGCUACUGCUGAUGGCAACGGUCCAAGGAGAGCCUCUAUGGCAACGGAUGUCAGGGCCAGCAGCAAUCACCAUGUCCGGUACCGUGUCAAGGACGACAGGCAUCACCAUGCCUCACGGCGCCCAUCUUACCAGUACAACCAGAACAAUGUUGGUGCUGCGGAUGCCGGAGGCAUUGGUAGUGGCAGCGAUUCCGGCGGCACCAGUCCGGUCAUCGGCGACCUCGCCGCCGCAGCAGCACAUCCCUGGCGCCCCGGCAAGCUCGUGCGCCAACUGCUGGCCACAACAACUCUUCUACCCCGGUGCUCCGACGAGCUCGUCCGCCAGCCCCUCCACACCACCGUACAUGAGACGGUCGGCUCGCCGUCACCAAGGAGCUACUGGAGGCUCUCCGGCAAUUUUUUGUUGGAGGAGAAAGGCGACGCCGCCUACAUCACCGACGAGGCAACGGUCACGGCGGCCGGCUUCCUGGCAGCGCCUUCGCGCGUGUUCCCUGCUAGUAUAGCCGCAGUAGAAGCUAAGCAGCAGCAGAGGCGGACGCAGACGCCGUGCUGCUGA